AGCUCCGAACCUGCUGCCAGUUCACACCAGCCCGGGGGGGCAGCGGCGCUUUGGCUUCCUGUCCCUUCCUCCUGUGACCACUGCGGGUCCCCGGCGCUGAGCGGCGGGACAUGGAGGACCAGGACGGCUACAUGGCCUUAGAGCAGUGGAGGAAACGAGGGGCUGCGGGGAGCCCCCCGUCCUCCACGGGGGCAGCUGUAGGAUCUGGCUUUCCAGAACCCGGGGGGGUCCCCCCCACAGCCCCCCUGCGCCGUCCCCGCUGCCUCCUCGGGGCCCUCACGGUUGCACUGGUGCUGUCCCUGGUGCUGUGUGAGGCCGAGGGGUGCAGGCUCUACCCCGUGGGCUGGAUGCUGGGCAGGACCAAGUGCUACUGGGUCUCGGAGAGGAUGAACUCGUGGCACGGGAGCCGGGAGGACUGCGGGGCCCGCGGGGCCGCGAUGGCGAUGCCGUGGGACAAGGACGAGGAGGCACCCCAGGGGAGGGCAAAGGGCUCCCCAGAAGCCUGGGAUCAGAGCCCUCAUUGCCAAAUUCCCCGCGGUGCCCGUGGCAGACCGGGGGGGAGGGACAUGGGUCUGGCUCGGUCCCGGGGUGAGGACCGAGCCUGUUUUGGGGUGACCAUCCCCGGCCCGGCAGCGCCACCACUGCCCCUUUCCCCGGGCCAGGAUUCCCUCAAUGAGACCCUGAGGAAACCCACGCGGCACUUCUGGAUCGGGCUCUCGGUGCCCGCGCCCGGGAUGGGCUGGACGUCGGUGAACGGCUCCCGCCCAGACUGGAGCCGGUUCCCGCAGGACCUCGGGGAGGGUCCCGGAGCCUGCGGGGCGCUCAAGGGGGACAGGAUCGACCCCCGCGCCUGCGACACGGGGCUGCAGUGGAUCUGCCAGACGGAGUCCGCCCGGAUCUGA